AUGCAACAGCAGAGGCUCAAACAACAGCAAGCCAUGAUGCAGCAGUCGCUGUACCAACACCCUGCCAUCUUAGCCGCUCCUCAGAUAGAGCCUAUCUUGAGUGGAAAUCUGCCUCCUGGGUUUGAUUCAAGUACAUGCCGCAGUGUGUAUGUUGGAAAUAUUCACCCACAGGUUACUGAACCCCUUCUUCAAGAAGUUUUCUCUAGUACUGGUCCGCUUGAAGGAUGCAAGCUCAUAAGAAAAGAUAAGUCAUCCUACGGAUUUGUUGACUACUUUGAUCGUAGGUCAGCUGCUUAUGCUAUUGUGACUCUCAAUGGCAGGCAUCUGUUUGGGCAGCCAAUCAAAGUUAAUUGGGCAUAUGCAAGUAGUCAGAGGGAGGAUACAUCAGGUCACUUUAAUAUUUUCGUUGGUGAUCUUAGCCCUGAGGUUACCGAUGCUACACUGUUUGCGUGCUUUUCUGUUUAUUCAAGUUGUUCAGAUGCUAGGGUUAUGUGGGAUCAGAAAACUGGGCGUUCAAGGGGUUUUGGGUUUGUUUCUUUCAGAAGUCAGCAGGAUGCCCAAAGUGCAAUAAAUGACUUAAAUGGAAAAUGGCUUGGAAGUAGACAAAUUCGGUGUAAUUGGGCCACAAAAGGUGCUACUUCCAAUGAUGACAAGCAGAGUUCUGAUUCUAAAAGUGUUGUAGAGCUGACAAAUGGAACAUCAGAAGAUGGUCAGGAGAAGCCUAAUGAAGAUGCUCCAGAGAACAAUCCUCAGUAUACUACAGUUUAUGUGGGCAAUCUGGCUCCAGAGGUUACUUCAGUUGACCUCCACCGUCAUUUCCAUUCCCUUGGUGCUGGAACUAUUGAAGAUGUCCGUGUGCAACGAGAUAAAGGUUUUGGGUUUGUGAGAUACAGUACACAUUCUGAAGCCGCUGUAGCUAUCCAGUUGGGGAAUGCUAGGUUUCUCUGUGGAAAACCAAUUAAGUGUUCAUGGGGUAGCAAGCCUACUCCACCAGGAACAAGCUCUACCCCCCUUCCGCCGCCAGCUGCAGCUCAUAUGCCAGGUUUCUCGGCCGCUGAUCUUGCUGCCUAUGAAAGACAAAUGGCACUGAGCAAAAUGGGUGGUGCACAAGCCCUCAUGCUUCCGCAGGGUCAGCAUGCUCUGAAGGCAGCCAUGGGUAUGGGUGCUGGAGCUAGUCAGGCGAUAUACGACGGGGGCUUCCAGAAUGUAGCAACAACCCAGCAACUCAUGUACUACCAGUAA